AUGAACCAACCCGCUGAUGGCGUCUGUGUCUUCAAAUGCUCACUCAACAGAGACACAGAAUAUUGCUGUAUGGGGAAGGAGUCCAUCUUGAUUACUCUGGGCUACCACAGUGCUUUGCUGAAGUUUGAGUCUCAUGCUGAACGGAGCGCAUUUUCAAAUACCUUGAAAAGAUGCCGACAUGAGAAAAAGGAAUACUCGGUGUUCAGCCAGUGGACAGAAGAGGCGUCUGCCGUACACUACUUCCAGUUUUAUGGCUGCCUUUCCCAGCAGCAGAAUAUGAUGCAAGAUUUUAUGAGAACAGCCACUUACCACAGAGCCACCCUCCAGAACCACACUGACUUUAGAGAUCAAGUCGUUGUAGAUGUUGGUUGUGGAUCAGGAAUACUGUCAUUUUUUGCUGUACAGGCCGGCGCUUGGAGAGUCUAUGCAGCUGAGGCCGGUUCAGUAGCACAAUAUGCUGAGGUGCUAGUGAAAAGUAACCACCUUUCAGACAAGAUAAUUGUUUUGCCAGGAAAAACUGAAGAAAUCUCACUUCCUGAGGCUGUAGAUGUGACCAUUUCAGAACCAACGGGAUACGUGUUGUUCAAUGAAAGGAUGUUGGAAAGUUACCUUCAUUCCAAAAAGUGGCUGAAAGCAAAUGGAAUGAUGUUCCCCACGUUCAGUGACAUCCACUUGGCCCCCUUUUCUGAUGAACAGUUGUAUGUGGAACACCACUCCAGAGCCAACUUUUGGUACCAGCAGUGCUUCUACGGGGUUAACCUGUCUAGUGUCCGGGGUGCUGCAGCGGACGCAUACUUCAGACAGCCAGUAGUAGACACAUCUGACACUGGGAUUUUGAUGGCUCGGACAGUGAAGUACACAGUAACCUUUAUGGAUGCGGAAGAGGCAGAUCUCCACAGAGUAGAAAUUCCCUUUGUGUUUCAGAUGGCGCAGUCCAGCCUCAUCCUUUCUUUAGGUUUGCUUAGAAGAUAG